CUCGAGCGAGGCUACCUUCCCGUGUCACACUACCAACAUUCUUUUUCUAGUGUAAUACAAGUUGUGCAGCACAACCAUGAGCGGCUUCCUGCCCCUAGAAGACCUGGAGCCGACGCUCUCGGACGUUCUAGCCUUCAUUGACACGUUCGACAGCGACGCCACGGCCUCCACAUCCAGCAGCAGCUCCGACGAUGGCAAUAACUCUCCUCGUCCUACCCCUGCCCCGCAAUCCGCCGUCGAACGCCGCAAAACUCGCAAAGCCGCCGCCUCACGUCGCUGUCAACAGAAGAAACGCGCUGAGCUUCUGGCUCUACGUGCACAGGUAGCAGCGCUCGAGAACCGCCUCCAGGAGCUCAGUAAGGAGAAGAGGAAAGGCUCAGUGGGUACGCGUCUAGACAGUAACCAGAGACUCAGUGUAACCCAGUUAUGGCGGGAUAAGGCGCGAUUGGAGCACCAACUGCGACGCCAGAGCGAGGAGAGGAACAACCAGCUCAAAACAGUCGUAGCCAGACAGAGCAACGUCGCUCAGGCCGUGCGGAACGUGCUGGGCGGCAUCACGAACGUCGUGAAUAUCGAGGUAGCACUUCGUACCCCUCCACCGACCGUCACUCCUACGGUACUGGAAGGUUUCGUGCCAAACCUGCAUGAUGCAAUCUAUGGAGAACUGUCAGACCGCCUGCGCAGAAUGUAUGUCGAUGUGAACUCGAGAUUCACGUCCUUGGGGACUGUUAUGAUCCAAGACGUGUCCACUGGGAUGCAAGUGGAGACGGAUGCGGUCACUGGAGUGCCGUUUGUGGAGCUCAAGACGGCCAUGACGACGAGUUUGAGCUUGAAACAAACGGAGAAGGUCGUGAUGGGCUUGAAGUCGUGCUAUUACAAGAGAUAUCGGAAAUAUCUGACAGAGUUGGGGAUGAAGAAAGAGAGUGAGUAUGAACUACGAGAUGAGGAAAUGGCGGUGGCAAUGAGCUCCUUGUCACUGUCGCGGUCGCACGAAGAAGAGAACCGCCUCGUUCUCACGUUCUCUACGCUGUCGUGCGACCACCCGACGGAUUCCGGACUGCGUUUCCGUGAAGAAGGUUUUGUGUUGGUGACGAAGUCGCCGCUUGACCCUCAGGCUGGUACUGUCAUUCAGUCGUACUAUCGCCUCACCCCUGAAAUUAGCGCUGGAGCAGUAUCGCCUGCGUCUUCUGGAGUGGCCACUCAAGACGCUACCAAGAUGUUUGUGCUGCAGAAUUUGGGCAAGAGGAUGUGGUCGAAUCUUCAGACAAUACAAGCAAAUUGUAUUGAGGCACAACUGAACCCUGCUGCGAUCCCAGCGACCUGCUAAAAAAAAAUAAAGUGGAAGAUUGAGAAAACCUUUUUCUUUAACGAAACUACUUCUCAACUUUCCUUUACGUGAACGAGAGUAUCGUUUAUUGUUACUUGUAAGUACUAAGUAUUGGG